UAUCUGUCUGCAAACAGCUGCUCAAACAAGAUGAAGCUCUGCAUCCUGCUCAUUCUCGGGACCCUGUUUGUCCUCGUCAACGGAAUGCCGCCGAUCAGCAGAGACUACAACACACACUGCCGGUGCCUUCAGCUGGAGUCGAGGAUCAUCCCUCCAGACAACCUGAGGAGCAUCAAGCUCGUCCCUGAAGGGACCCACUGCCCCAACAUUGAGGUCAUAGCUGGACUGGCGAACGGGGAGAAGGUGUGCCUGAACCCUCGGUCCUCCUGGGUGAAGAAGCUGAUCACCUUUGUCCUUGAGAAACAACGUCAUCAGCAGGGAGCAGCACUUCCCAAAAAUCGAGGAUAAUAUCAUGAUACAAAUUUAAAAAACAUGUUGCAAUUAAAGCUGUUUAGACUUAACUCCUUUCUGCAACUAUGAGCCAUGCUGUUUCACUUUAAUGAAUAACACACAGGUUGUGUAAUUUAUAUAACUUCUUUUUGUUGUUAGUGUUAUACCAUAUAUGCAUUGAUGCUUGAUUUAUAUUGUCUCAGCGGUAGAAAGAUAAGUGUGUGAUUAUGUUAUGGAAGUAAAUGGAAAGUAAGCAAGAGUUGGAAGACUUUGUGUGCAGAAGGUAUUUAAUUGUGUGACUGCGUAGAAAGUUUAAUUGUAUGACCUCUUUUGAAAGCAGAUGACUGAAUGUAGCAUGAAAUCUGUAAUAUUCUAGUAUGUAACAUCAUUUCUGUGUAACACUGUGUUGGCCUUUUCCAGCAAUAGCCAGGCAACAUGACUUGCUUUGUUGAAUUCCAAUCCCUAUGUGAGGCUUAAAAGGAAAAU